AUGGCGCCUCUUGCCCGUGGACGUUAUGUGUUGCUGCUAACGAAUCGACUCCGCGAGGCUGGUGUACGAAAUCUGUCGCUCUCUUCCCGACUUGAUGCCAAAAUCUACGAGAACGCCGAGGACGCAGUCAAAGACAUUCCGGAUGGUUCGAAGCUAUUGGUCGGAGGCUUCGGGAUUUGCGGAAUCCCAGAAAACUUGAUCAAUGCCUUGACGAAGACUGGCCAGAAGGGGUUAACAUGUGUGAGCAACAACGCCGGCGUCGAUAACUGGGGACUUGGCCUUCUAUUGAAGACUAGACAGAUCAAGAAAAUGAUCUCGUCCUACGUUGGGGAGAAUGCAGAAUUUGCGCGUCAAUACUUGGCCGGCGAGUUGGAGCUGGAGUUCACGCCGCAGGGAACGCUCGCCGAGCGCAUUCGUGCUGGUGGCGCCGGUGUCCCAGCGUUCUACACACCAACUGGAUAUGGGACAUUGAUACAGGAAGGUGGAUCGCCGAUCAAAUACUCGGCGACCGAGAAGAUGAAGAUCGAAAUCGCUAGCUCACAGAAGGAGACACGCAACUUCAAUGGCGUCAACUACGUGCUGGAGGAGGCUAUCACCGGGGACUACGCGUUGAUCAAAGCAUGGAGAGCUGACAAACUAGGCAACCUGCAGUUCCGGCAUUCCGCCGGUAACUUCAACAACCCGAUGUGUAAGGCGGCCAAAAUUACAAUUGUUGAAGUCGAAGAGAUCGUCGAUGUCGGCGUGAUCAAGCCGAAUGACAUUCAUAUCCCAUCGAUCUACUGCCAGCGUCUCAUACUUGGAAAAGACUACAAGAAGCCGAUCGAAAGGCCAAUGUUCAGAGAGGAGGGCCCGGCCAAAGCGCCAAUGACACCGGCUGCCAAGGUGCGGGAUACGAUUGCCCGGCGAGCCGCUCUCGAAUUCCAGGAUGGGCAAUAUGUCAAUCUUGGAAUCGGAAUCCCCACACUGACGCCCAACUACAUCCCGAAGGGCGUCACAGUUCAUCUGCAGAGUGAAAAUGGGAUCAUUGGAGUGGGCCCAUAUCCACGUCGCGGCGAGGAGGACCCCGACUUGAUCAACGCUGGAAAAGAGCCGAUCACCCUGCUGCCCGGCGCGGCCAUUUUUGGCUCUGAGGAGAGCUUCGCCAUGAUUCGUGGCUCACACAUCGAUAUCACGCUGCUCGGCGCGCUGCAGGUCUCGGAAACUGGCGACCUGGCCAAUUGGAUGAUCCCUGGCAAGCUGGUGAAAGGCAUGGGUGGAGCGAUGGAUUUGGUCUCGGCACCUGGAGCACGCGUCAUCGUCACCAUGGAGCACACCUCGAAGGGACAGCCAAAGAUCUUGAAGCAGUGCGGAUUACCGCUCACCGGCAAGGGUGUUGUCAGCCGAAUAAUCACGGAAAUGGCCGUUUUCGACGUGACACCGGACGGUUUGCUACUGCUUGAAGUGCGUGAGGGCCUGACCGUCGAGGACAUCAUCAAGAACACGGGCUGUGACUUCAAGGUGUCCCCGGAUUUGAAGCCGAUGGGCCAGGGUGAACUCACCCAU